UUUGCUUCUCUCAAUCUAGAAUUCACAAACCAUGCACGAUAUACAUACAUUGGUGAUGAACCUAUCGUAUCAUCAGAUACCGAAUUUGUAAUAAGGAAGCGAAACAUUUUUGUUCUUGUAGUAGAGGAAUCACAGAUUGCUGUAGAGAUUCUUACUUUCGGUAGUGAGAAUAUACGUCUUAGUAAAACACCAAAAGAUCAAACAUUAUGGGCUAUUCGAAAAAUUGAGGUUAAAAGAUUGCUGAUUGGUAAUGGCUUGAAGACUGGUUUUGAUCUUGCUGAACCAGCUGGAAGACGAAUAGUAUUAACAGCAUUAACAAAAAUUCGUGAAUCACUUUUAAAAACAACCUCAAACCAUUAG